GUUAAGUCAACAUGCUGCGAGCAAGGUGCAAACUACAAACGUAUAAUUUGCACUAGUUUGUUGCCUCAAGUGGGUUGUAUCGUUUGGAUGGAGAUAUAAAUUGUGAAGACAGUUGCGCAAUAAUGGGAGAUAAAGUAGAAGGCGUCGAUACCUGCGAUGAAUUUUUCGCGACAAAUCCCAAGCCAUCCGAUUAUGAUAAACAAUCGAAACGAAUGAAAGACUUCUGUCAGCACCACACCAAUUUGAAAACAAAAAUUGUUUUGAUCACGUCUGGAGGUACAACGGUGCCGCUGGAACAAAAUACCGUCCGAUUUGUUGACAAUUUUAGCGCCGGCACUAGAGGGGCUUCGUCUGCUGAAUACUUUCUGAAAAGCGGAUAUGCUGUUAUUUUCUUGUACAGGUCAGGCUCCUUGGAACCAUUUACUCGACAUUUCCCAGGACAUACCUUACUUGAUGCACUAGACAUUUCUUACGAAGGAGAAAACACAAAUAUAGCAGUGCGUACGGAGGUCAUACCGAAGCUGUUGCCAGUGCUGCAAGACUACCACAAUGCAAUAGAGUCAAACAGAUUUUUGGGAGUUCAGUUCAAAACCCUCUCUGACUACGCUUGGUUGGUCCACGCUGCAUGUGAUGCUGUACAACCUCUCGGCAACCGUGUAAUGUUGUAUAUGGCUGCUGCUGUGGCUGACUUCUAUGUUCCUGCGAAAGAGAUGCCCGAACAUAAAAUUCAGUCAUCUGGUGGCAGUCCUAAAAUCCAGCUACGCGUAGCCCCAAAGAUUCUGAGAGAGGUGGCAACAAAGUGGGCAGUGAGCACCUACAUAGUCUCGUUCAAGCUGGAAACCGACGAGGGGCUACUGGUGCCAAAGGCGAAGAAUGCUCUGGAGAGGUACAAACACAAGAUGGUGAUCGGAAAUAUUCUGAACACCAGAAAGUACAGAGUGCUGAUUAUAACACCAGACAGUGAAAAGGAAAUACUACUCUCACCAGAGGAGCAGUCGGCCGGUGUCGAGAUAGAGAGCAAGAUAGUGGCCGUGCUCGCGGAUAAGCAUAGUGCACACAUCGAAUCUGCGGCUAGCAGUUGAUGUAAUAUGCAGUCUAGGGGAAUUUUGGUGUCAUUUGUAAUGUGCCUAGUUUUUGUGAGAAUGAUGUAUUUUGGAUAAAACAUUGCCUACAAAAUAAAUCAGAAUGUUUCAUAAUGUUAAAA